AUGGUACCGAACUUUGCCUUAUAUAGAGGGGAGCACUCAUCAUCAACCAACCAGAUUGAGACACGUGGCAACACGCCCCCACGUGCUGACUCAGUACGCCCUCCGCGUGUUGUUUCAUCAGCCAAUGAGAGGAAGCCACGUGUAACACACCCCCACGUGCUGCAGUCCCAAGCAACCAGCCUUCACCAUGUGGCAAUCACGCCCCCACGUGCUGCAUGCAACACGUCCUCCGCGUGUUGCAGCCUCCAUCUGACAGCGCUUCGUGCACGAAAGGGUACUUGGGAGGUUCGGAGGUACAACGGGCCACACACAUGCCUCGCAACUUCUAUUUCAAGUGAUCACCGUCAGCUGGACUACCACGUUAUCUGUGCGAGGAUUCUUCCUAUGGUUAGGGCAGAUGCUGCGGUUACGGUAAAGGUACUUCAACAAGCGACAGAAGCUGAUUACGGUUUCAGGCCUAGUUACAGGAAGGUUUGGAUGGCUAAGCAGAAGGCAGUGGCAGAAAUAUAUGGAGAUUGGGAAGAGUCUUACGCGGAGUUGCCACGUUGGAUGCUAGGGAUCCAGGCGACAAUGGCGGGAACAAUCACGGUGCUGAAGACGUCUCCUGUUCGGAUUGGUGGUGGGGUUGAUGAGUCCACCGAGUUCUUUCACCGGCUAUUCUGGACAUUUCCACCCUGUAUCAAGGCAUUCCGGCAUUGCAAGCCCCUCGUCAGUAUUGAUGGUACCCACUUGUAUGGGAAGUAUGGAGGGACGCUGCUGUUGGCGAUAGCUCAGGACGGGAACUCGAACAUCCUCCCGAUAGCAUUUGCCCUUGUGGAGGGCGAAAAUGCAGAGUCGUGGUCAUUCUUCUUGUCCAAUCUCCGAGAGCAUGUGACUCCUCAGGAGGGUAUCCUUGUUAUCUCUGACAGGCAUAAUGGGAUCAAGGCAGCGCUUGAGGCACCUGAGACUGGGUGGCUGCCUCCUCGGGCGUUUCGGGCCUACUGUAUUAGGCAUGUGGCUGCGAAUUUCGCCCUAACGUUCAAAGGUAAGGACUCCAGGAGGCUGUUGGUGAAUGCUGCCUACGCAAAGACUGAGGCUGAGUUUUACUAUUGGUUUGACAUCAUGCGGACUGAGAAUGCAGCAAUGUGUGACUGGGCCAACCGGAUGGAGUAUGACAAAUGGACCCAACAUGAGGAUGCUGGUCGACGGUUCGGGCACAUGACCACAAACAUCAGUGAAUGUGUGAACUCCGUGCUAAAGGGAACUCGCAACCUACCGGUCACAUCUUUAGUUAAGUCAACCUACGGGAGGCUUGCUCAGCUAUUUGUGGUACGGGGACAGACAACAGAGGCACAACUCGGAUCUGGGCAUGAAUUCUGUCAGGCCUUGGUAAAGUCUAUUGAUCGGAACCUAAGAGACUCGAGGUGCUUCACUGUGACAUUAUAUGACAGGCAGCAGUCCGAGUACACCGUCGCGGAGACAACACCAACCAGCAACUUCUCUCUGGGCAGCUACAGAGUCUCCCUUAAAGAUCACCGAUGCGACUGUGGCCACUUUCAGGCGCUGCAUUAUCCUUGUUGCCACGCCAUUGCGUGUUGCGCCUACUCCCGGCUUAACUGGGCAUCAUAUGUUCACGAGGUGUAUCGUAUGAGUGAGGUGUUCAACGUUUACAAGGAGGGGUUUGUCCCACCUAUCCCUGAAGGACUAUGGCCUCCAUAUGCUGGGCCUACCAUCAUUCCUGACCCUAAUAUGCGGCGUGCAAAGGAAGGUCGUCCAAAGGUAACCAGGAUCCGUGGAAGUAUGGAUCAGUCUCAGGAGAACCAGCCGAAGCGAUGUGGACUAUGCCGUCAGCCUGGGCAUACGCGGAGGAACUGUCACCAGCGAAGACAGAGUGGUGGAGGGGAUGCGUAG